AUGUCCGAACGGCGGACGCGGUCCAGAGGGGCCGCCCGGAGUUCUGGGCCCCAGUCUCCAUCUCCUUCCAGGUCUCUGCGGAGAUCCCAGCGGAAAUCAGGCUCGGAUCUCCCCAACACCCUCCCCGAAAUCCGGCCGAAGACACCCCAUGAGGCCCCAGUCAGAAAGCCCAUCGUCUUGAAGAAGAUUGUGGCUCAUGCGGUAGAGAUCCCAGCUGUUCACUCGCCUCGCAGGAGCCCUAGGAUUGCUUUUUUCUUAGAGAAGGAGAACAACCCUCCCAGCAAGGAACCUACUAAGGAGGACCUCUUCAAGACAUGUAGCAUCCCCAUCACCCCAACCACCACACCUGUGCUGCUGUCCUUGGACACUGAGUCCAGCCCUAGGAGGGGAGAGCUGGAUGCCAGAGACUUGGAGAUGUCUAAGAAAGUCAGGCGAUCCUACAGCCGUCUUGAGACCCUGAACUCAACCUCCACCCCAGACCGCCGCUCAUGCUUUGGCUUUGAGGGACUGCUGGCAGAAGAAGAGUUGGCCAAAGUCUCACCUGUCCUGUGUUCCAAGUCAUUUGAGGUCACUGGUGUUUCUGUGAAGCCCUGGGCCCCAGACACAACUCUCCCUGGAAUCUCGCCCCCAACAGUGAAAGAGAAACGAAAGAAGAAGAAAAUACCCGAGAUCCUGAAAUCGGAUCUGGAUGAGUGGGCCGCGGCCAUGAAUGCCGAGUUUGAAGCAGCUGAACAGUUUGAUCUCCUGGUUGAAUGA